ACGCUCUGAGACCAAAACUUUGUUGAACAAUGGCAAAGCAGAGCUCUCUGCCACUCUUUCAAAGAGUUAGCCUCCGAAGCGACAAAUCUAUAGCACUAGAGCUUCUGCUCCUCUUCCUUCUCUUCUCGCUUCUCACUUAUCACUUUUUCUCGAUUAAGCAAUACGGAAUUCCUGUUCUCCUGGCCUUUCUGUGCGAGUCCUUCUUUACUUACGUGUGGAUUCUCGUUCUCAAUAUCAAAUGGAAUCCGAUCAAAUACGUGCAAUAUCCUGAUCGACUCUUAGAACAGAAAAAUGAGCUACCAGCUGUGGAUAUUUUUGUUACAACUGCAGAUGAUGAGCUUGAAUCGCCAAUAAUAACUAUGAACACUGUGUUAUCAUCGAUGGCAGUCGAUUAUCCUGUUGAGAAAUUAGCAUGCUAUAUAUCUGAUGACAACGCCUCGCCUUUACUGUAUUACGCUCUUGUUGAAACUUCAAAAUUCGCCAGGGUUUGGCUUCCUUUUUGUAAGAAAUAUGAUAUCAGUGUCAGGGCUCCAUUUCGAUAUUUUGCUACUACCUCAGGGCCAUCUCGAGAAGAGUCCUUGGAGUUUCAAUAUGAAUGGAAAUUGGUUAAGGAUAUUUAUGAAAUGUUUUGCAAGAAAAUUGAAGAUGCGGCGCUUGCUCCUUCCAGUGAUUUGCCAGAGUUGAACAAAAAGAAUCAUGGCUCGAUAGUGAAGAUUAUAACCGCGAAAGGUGUACCUCAUAUGGUGUACAUCUCAAGAGAGAAGCCACAUCAUUUUAAAUCUGGCGCUCUAAAUGCUCUGACAAGAGUAUCAGGAUUGAUGACAAAUGCACCAUUUAUACUACACGUAGACUGUGAUAUGUACGUGAACAAUCCACAAGUUAUUCUCCAUGCUAUGUGCUUGUUUCUUGGAGUUGAGAAUGAAGAAGAUUGCGCAUAUGUUCAAUUCGAGCCAGGAUUCUGUCACAACAUAAAAGAUGACCCUUUUGAAAAUCACUAUGAUGUCUUGUUCAAAUUUUUCGGGCAUGGAACAGCAGGAAUCCAAGGACCACCGUACAUUGGAUCAAAUUGUUUUUUCAAAAGAAAAGUUAUUUAUGGUUUAUCACCAGAUCAAAAAAUUACCACUGGUGAACUCAGUGAUUUGAAUUUGCAAAGAAAGUUUGGACAAUCAAGUAUGUUGAAGGAAUCAGUUGCACGUGUUUUAUCAGCAUCCACAUCAGCAUCCAUGUCGCUUAAAUGUACAGUUUCGAGCUUUGUCAAAGGUACACACCAUGUUGCAGUUUGUGACUAUGAAAAUGGUACCUGCUGGGGCACAGAGGUUGGAUGGAAAUAUGGUUCUCAGUCAGAGGAUAUUCUAACCGGACUUGGAAUCCAUAGAAAGGGAUGGAAAUCUAUGUAUUGUGCGACUGAACCAGCAUCCUUCCUAAGAUGUGCUGCAUCAACAGUACCUGGCACGAUGAUUCAAUCGAAGAGAUGGGCUACUGUGCCUCUUGAAAUUUUCCUCAGUUCCAUGAGGCCAAUUUCAGAUACCCUUAACGGAAACCUUUCAUUAAGGCAAUGCCUUGCCUACAUGUGGCUUCUGACUUGGAGUUUAAGGUCAAUUCCUGAGUUAGUCUACUCUCUUCUGCCUGCAUAUUGUAUUAUCAGCGGCUCACGUUUCUUGCCUGAGGUAUCUGAGCUGGCUAUUCUCAUUCCUAUCGAGGUUUUCUUGGUAUUUAAUUUAUGCACAUUGUCUGAGUACCUUGCAAUUGGUUUAUCUACUCGUGCAUGGUGGAACCACCAACAAAUGGCAAGGAUAACUAGCACUUCGUCAUGGCUGUUUGCAACUUUAUCCGUUUUUCCAAAGCUCAUAGGCUUAUCUUCAAGUGCAUUUGAAGUUCCAACCCCUACCUAUGACAAAGAUAUGAAGAAUAAAGAUCCUGGAAAAUUCACUUUCAGCAAGUCGCUAAUCUUUCUACCCGGGACAACUAUUUUGUUGGUUAACUUGACUGCUCUGGGGAUUGGAAUGUCGCGUUUCCUAACGACCUCUCCACAGAACAACGAAGCCGGGAUAGGAGAGCUGCUAUGUAGUUUAUGGAUAGUGUUAUAUUAUUGGGUGUUCUUGAAGGGAUUGUUUGCUAAAGGGAAGUACGGAAUUCCAUCAUCUACAAUUGUCAAGUCUGGAGUAUUGGCAUUACUGUUCAUUCAUUUCUGCAAAUAGUCUGAGAAGGCUUGAUAAAUGACAAACUUGGCAUGAUAUUAUGAUAUGUUUUUUGGGUUAUGAAUAUUACAAUUAUGUACU